AAUUUGAUGCUGGGACCCUCCUUCUUAGUACACACCGGCUAAUUUGGAGAGAUCAAAAAAAUCAUGAAUGCUGCAUGGCCAUUCCUCUUUCCCAAAUUGUAUUUAUUGAAGAACAGGCAGCUGGAAUUGGGAAAAGUGCCAAAAUAGUGGUUCAUCUUCAUCCAGCUCCUCUGAACAAAGAACCUGGUCCAUUCCAGAGUAGUAAGAACUCCUACAUCAAACUCUCUUUCAAAGAACAUGGCCAGAUUGAGUUUUACAGGCGUUUGUCAGAGGAAAUGACACAGAGAAGAUGGGAGAAUAUGCCGGUUUCCCAGUCAUUACAAACAAAUAGAGGACCCCAGCCAGGAAGAAUAAGAGCUGUAGGAAUUGUAGGUAUUGAAAGGAAACUGGAAGAAAAAAGAAAAGAAACCGACAAAAACAUUUCUGAGGCCUUUGAAGACCUCAGCAAGCUAAUGGUCAAGGCUAAGGAAAUGGUGGAGUUAUCAAAAUCAAUUGCUAAUAAGAUAAAAGACAAGCAAGGUGACAUCACAGAAGAUGAGACCAUCAGGUUUAAAUCCUAUUUGCUGAGCAUGGGAAUAGCUAACCCAGUUACCAGGGAAACCUACGGCUCAGGCACACAGUACCACAUGCAGCUGGCCAAACAGCUGGCUGGAAUAUUGCAGGCGCCUUUAGAGGAACGAGGGGGAAUAAUGUCACUCACAGAGGUGUACUGCUUAGUAAACCGAGCUCGAGGAAUGGAAUUGCUCUCACCAGAAGAUUUAGUGAAUGCAUGCAAGAUGCUGGAAGCGCUGAAAUUACCCCUCAGGCUCCGAGUUUUUGACAGUGGCGUCAUGGUAAUCGAGCUUCAGUCCCACAAGGAAGAGGAAAUGGUGGCCUCAGCCUUGGAGACAGUUUCAGAAAAGGGAUCCCUAACGUCAGAAGAGUUUGCCAAGCUUGUAGGAAUGUCCGUCCUCCUGGCCAAGGAAAGGUUGCUUCUUGCAGAGAAGAUGGGCCAUCUUUGCCGAGAUGAUUCGGUGGAAGGCUUGCGAUUUUACCCGAAUUUAUUUAUGACACAGAGCUAAAGGUUUUGUAUUUGAAAUACUUCUUGUCCAUACACUUGCAUCAUGUGGAGGUUGUCUGACAUUGAGCUAAGGAUAAACCCUUAUAAACUGAGCAUUUACUGGAACUUUGCAGUAUAAUAUAAAACCCUUUUAAUUUCUCCAUAAAUAUAAUGGUUCAGGAAGUUUAUUUAGGAUAAAUAUAGGAAAAUACAGAAAAAUGAAUGCCAAUGUGAAUUUGAAAUCAUGCUACAGUUGUAAAGAAUCCUCAGAGUUUAACUUGAAAUAUGAUGGAUUUUAACUUGAUCCUCAAAUCUGACCAUUUUUUAAAGAAGGGAAUUUAGUUCACGGGGGGAAUAAAGGAGAAGUUGCAUGUUUGGACAGGUUAGGUCAUUAUUUUGGUGUGACUAAAAUUCACUGAAUUAUAAAUGAGGUUUUUUUCUGUAUCUAAUGUGCCCAUUUUGGGGGGUUUUCAUAAGCAGGUCAUACCUACGGUGUAGCUGAAGAACCUGCCAACAUUGGAACAAAAUAUCAAACUGCAGAGUGCCAAAUGAGGCUCCUCCUAAGGGCUUUUCUUUAGAAGCAGUCACAAGCAUGUCUUCAACAGACCAAAUAAAGCACUUAAAAAAGGAGAGAAUUUUAUGUGACUUACGUAUAUAUAAUCUGAGUAGUUUCUUUCUUUCUUUUUUUUUUAAGUGAUGAUUUCAUAGCUGGCAUUUAAAGAAUGCAACUAUGUCAUUUUGUUUAAAAAAUGCGGUGGAUUUUGAAACUGCAUUAAAGAGCUGUGUAGACAUGCCCAGAGAUAUGAUUACAGAUUUGGGGAGUAGACGGCUCAGGAGUUCCCUAGGAUUGUUGUGUAGGCCGAGGGGCUGGGAGGACCUUUAACUAGCUUACCAGGGACCUUGGUGCUCUUUGACCUCGAAGUCAAGGACAGGAACAUAGAGAGUGGAAAAGUAACGUCUUCUUUUCCUUCCCUUAG